AAUGAAGCGAUAUGUUGAUACUAACCCUUGGACCCACCGGACUAACCCUGACUCCUACCAACCCGAGGGCUGGCACCCACCCAUCAGGGAGAGCUUCUAUACAGAAUCAUUAAGAUUGACCGACCGCACCUCGCCCACAAUCUACACGCAGACCUACACCGAAUGUGACUACGAGAACCUACGGCGCCAUACCUGCGACCACGAACGCUGGAGCGCCACCAUCGUCGUCGCCGACUAUGGCAUCGGCCUGCAGACCGUUACCACCACCCCUUACACCAGCGUGCCUCUUUUCCCACCCAUGACCCGGCAAGUGACCCUGCAAUACACAGCCUCCUGCUGUGACCCCCUACUUAUGGUCUACGCCACGGACGUGAAUGGCAACAGUGAGCAGCGUGCCAUCGGCAGUAAUGGUUUUUUUGAGCUGGAAGCCGGCGCCAUCGCGGGUAUCGUGAUUGCAGUGAUCGCGCUCCUGGCGCUCAUUAUUGCCGUGGUGCUGCUACUCGUACGGCGGUGGCGCUCCAAAAGAGUCAACGUUAGGUUGCAAGAAGUUAGAACCUCAGAAGAAUAGGAA